AUGCUGGGCCUAGGUCGACCAUCGUUAUUGAAGUCACGGCCGUCCCUCAUAGAUCUCAUUGCUCCCAAAAACCAAACAUACAGUCGUCCCUCCACGCCUAUUGCUGCGUCGCUGGAAGAUCCACCUGCGCUACAACACAACGUCAGGCUUCCAAGCUCCGACCAACUACACCACAACUACAACCACCACCGCCUCAACCCCUCCAACGAAACCCCAGCUCCCCUCCCCCCUCCCAACCCCGAUAAUCCGCAAUCCCCACCUCCCACGAUGCCGCCAAAGAGCUCGAAGAAUCCUCGGCCUGGCGCCGAUGAGGGGAAACAUGGCUCUAUUUACUCUGUCUCUGGGCCUGUCGUGGUUGCGGAGAAUAUGAUCGGUUGCGCCAUGUACGAGCUGUGUCGAGUGGGCUAUGACCAACUCGUUGGAGAAGUCAUUCGAAUCGAUGCAGAUAAGGCAACAAUUCAAGUUUACGAGGAAACAGCUGGAGUAACUGUCGGCGAUCCGGUCGUGAGAACAGGGAAACCAUUAUCUGUAGAACUUGGGCCAGGAUUGAUGGAAACCAUCUAUGACGGUAUUCAACGACCCCUCAAAGCCAUUUCAGACGCAUCCCAAAGUAUCUACAUCCCCCGCGGCAUCUCUAUCCCAGCCCUCGACCGAGAAAAGAAAUGGGAUUUCAAACCAGCAAACUUUAAAGUUGGAGACCACAUCACCGGUGGCGACAUAUGGGGUAGCGUGUGGGAAAACAGCUUGCUGAACGACCAUAAGAUCCUGCUCCCCCCUCGCGCGAGAGGGACCAUCACACGCAUCGCUGGUCCGGGCAGCUAUACCGUUGAUGAAAAGCUCCUGGAGGUUGAGUUUGAUGGUAAGAAACAGGAGUUCGGUAUGUCCCACGAAUGGCCGGUCCGUGUUCCUCGCCCGGUCAGCGAGAAGCUGGCUUCUGAUACUCCCUUCAUUGUUGGCCAGCGCGUCCUUGAUGCUCUCUUCCCCAGUGUUCAAGGUGGAACAGUGUGUAUCCCCGGUGCGUUUGGUUGCGGGAAGACUGUUAUCAGCCAGAGUGUCUCCAAAUUCUCGAACAGUGACAUCAUAGUGUACGUUGGGUGCGGUGAACGUGGAAAUGAGAUGGCUGAAGUUCUGAUGGAUUUCCCAGAGCUUUCAAUCAACAUUGACGGCCGCAAGGAACCAAUUAUGAAACGUACAUGCCUCAUUGCCAACACUUCCAACAUGCCUGUCGCUGCCCGUGAGGCCUCCAUCUACACAGGUAUCACGGUCGCGGAAUACUUCCGUGAUCAGGGUAAAAACGUCGCCAUGAUGGCAGACUCCAGUUCUCGCUGGGCUGAGGCCCUCCGUGAAAUUUCAGGACGUUUGGGAGAGAUGCCCGCUGACCAAGGUUUCCCUGCCUACCUUGGGGCCAAACUUGCCUCUUUCUACGAACGUGCCGGACUGAGCAUCGCGCUUGGAAGCCCCGAGCGGAAAGGAAGUGUCAGUAUCGUUGGCGCCGUUAGCCCCCCUGGUGGCGAUUUCUCCGACCCCGUCACGUCCAGCACGCUUGGCAUCGUCCAAGUCUUCUGGGGUCUUGACAAGAAGCUUGCGCAGCGAAAGCAUUUCCCAUCCAUCAAUACCUCCGUUUCCUACAGCAAAUACACCAACGUGCUCGAUAAAUACUACGCCAAGGACCAUCCGGAAUUCCCCCGGCUCCGGGAUAGAAUCAAGGAGCUACUCACCAACUCCGAAGACCUAGACCAGGUCGUGCAACUCGUUGGUAAAUCAGCCCUCGGCGACCCGGACAAGAUUACACUGGACAUCGCGGCGCUGCUCAAGGAUGACUUCUUACAGCAGAACGGCUACAGCGAUUACGACCAGUUUUGCCCAUUGUGGAAAACAGAAUACAUGAUGAAGGCGUUCAUGGGAUAUCAUGACGAAAGCCAGAAGGCCAUCGCGCAAGGCCAGAGUUGGGCCAAGGUCCGCGAGGCGACAGCAGACAUCCAGAAUGCGUUGCGGGGGAUGAAGUUUGAGGUGCCCGAUGAUGAACGGGCUGUAACCCAAAAGUACGAAAAAAUCCUUCAGGAUAUGUCUGAGAAGUUCGCAUCGGUAUCUGACUUGUAGAGGAAUUUGGUUGCAUGAUUAAAACGGUUUACAUAUAUAUCUUCCCAUUCCUCUAAUUCUAUCCAUCCUUUUUAUAUAGGCCCUAUUAUCUUUUUGCGAGACCCGCAUACGUGUCCCUCCUUUAUUUUAUUUUGUUUUUUGGGUUCUAGCUGGUGGGAAUGGUUCUAAACUGGUUGCCCAUGGCUUCUACAAUACUAAAGGCGGUUGUGAUUUUGCGUAGUGUCUAGUUUUUGUGUCCCUUCAAUGAUUGUUUGUGCUGGAUGGUCUAAUAGAUGGCAAGCAUUUGACCAUGAGAUCCGGCUUCCUACAUCUGUUUUUGAUUUUUUAUAAUUUAAUUUCCCCAAGAGAAUUUGUUCCGUAAUACGAGG